AAAAAAUUAUAAUUCAAUCCAAUUGCGGGCCGCCACGUGUUGGUGGGGCCCGCAAACAGUGCAGAAAGCAGCCCAUUACCGAUCCUUAAUUCAUCACUUCUGUUAUCGAUUUUUGUUGUUUUUGUGGGACCCCAAGGUUAAGAAAUCCACUUAUAACCUGGGUUAAAGAUGGUCUUACAAGUGAUUUAAAUACACAUGGGAGAAGAAUUAAACCAAAAUUAAACUAGAGAGAAACGGCUUGAUGUGACAGAUCCAAGAUUCAAAUUCAAACUCCAACGAUCGAAUGGAUAAGUUGUCGUGGAUGGGUUGACGUGGAAAUGUCUUGCUGUGAAUAAUAAGCCGUGGAUGGAUGGGUUUUUGUGGAUCCUCAUGACAAUACUCCUUGUCAUUUAUUUCUUCAUGUCAACACUCCCCACAACUGGCAAAAGAGAGGGACCGUCAACGAUUCAUUCACGCAGCAGAAAGACAGGGAAAGACAUUAGCAAUUUAAAGAAACAUUUCUGAUACCCUACAAUGUAGAAAACAAAGGAAACUUUCUUUCAAAAAAAGAAAGAAAUGGAAGAAAACAAAGGAAACUCAUGUCAUUGUUGGACCAAACGAGCCAACGCUGACACUGAGAUGGAGGCUUUUGAUGCGAGGCGCCACCGGUGAGAUACAUCAUCCACGAUCUCCUUGCUUACGCCCACUUUGAGAGUCAGAGUCAUGUAACUACAGAUAGAGAAGGAGAAGACCGGUGUCAACGGACUUAUGAGACUCUGGCAGAGGAUCCAAAUUCCAAAAGAGAGAGAGGGAGCAAAACAAUCACUCCAUAAUGUUUAACUGUUGAAUAUAUUAUUCAACAUUCGAUGUGAAUGGUUUUAUACCAACUCUUGCCACUUGCGUCAUAAUUAAUUGCCCUUACAUCACAAGUUACACUUUCGUUUCCAUGCCAACUUCUUUUUCAAAAAUGAAUUUUAAGUACGAAUAUUCUUCGAGAAUUGAAACAUUUUCAGCAUUCUCUUCGUCUUGGCACACCAGCAUGUUCUUUUGCCUUCUUCAUUGUUGCUAUUUAGAUUGCAAAUUAAUGCUCUUCUAUUUCACGUUAAGUAUCGUUAAGGUUUUUGCACACCAGUUAAGAAAAUUAUUAACUUUUCUGUUUUACUCCUGUUUAGUAUAAAUUUUUGUUUGAUUUUAUUAAUUAAUGAAUUAAAAAUAAAAAGAAAAGUUGGAAAAUUUAUUUUUAUAUUUUCAUUGAAAAUGUAAGAUGACACUUAUAAUGAAACAUAAUUUAAAAGAUAAAACGACACUUAAUAUGAAAUUGAAGGAGUACAAAUUAAAUGUUUGCAAGUGGUGGUUUAAUAUCUGAGAUACAUAAAUUAGAAAUGGAAUGUAUAAGCAUUUAUUUUAAAAUUCUGAGCUAUAAUUUUCUAACUUGACAUGUUCAUUGUUAACAAUAUCCCUAGUAAAUUAAGAUAAUAUGUUUCUCAAGAAAAAAAUCAUCGGCCAAAAAAAUGUAGUUGCAAAGUUAAAAACUUAAAAUCAUAAAAAUUAUUUUUAUUAAAGCAUAAUUCAUUAACUUUGACAUUAUAAAGAUCUCUAAUUGAUUUCCUUGUUUUUUCCUUCCGUAAAGAAACCUCGAACUUCCCAAGUAAAAAGAAAGAUUUUUGAAUAUUAUAGUGUUGAUAAAAUUGGAAUUAUAUUGAGUAUUUGACAAUCUGUCCAUUUUUUAUUAAAAAUAUUAUAGCACAGAAAUAAUAUGAACGCUGAAAAUAACUCCACCAAUGCAUACAUACCGCAAUCUACAUAAAAGAAAAUUCAAAAUUUUUAAAUAUGAAAAAUUAAAAUCCAGUAUUUAGAAUAUUAAUAGCAAAGAAAUCUGUGUUUGCGAAAAAUUGAGUUCCUAGAGAUUUUUAUUACCAGAUUAGUUGAAACCUAAACUGGAACUAUCAAAAUAGACAUUCAUCAAAUGAAAUUUACUUUUUGUCCAAAAUUUAUGUAAAAAUCACUUUUAAGACGAUCGGUCAAUUUUGAAUUUUUUUAAAGAAUCAUUUUUGGAACUGUCUUAGUCAAUUUUAAUUUUUAAGAUCGUGCAGAUCUAGCUAGAGAAUCAUUAAUUCCAUUUUACGCUCUUGGGAUGUGAGAUUUCCGGAAUUCUUGAAAACAUAUCUGAAGAAUUUGAAUAGACUCUAAUUUUGUUGCAAAACAUGGCCAAGUUUAAGGUUCCUUUAUCGUUGCUAUUAGAUCUUUGCAAUUUGUCUCAAAGCUCUGGCCAUGUGGAAUAUUGAAACAUGUUUCCAUAGCCAUCUCAGUGCUUCUAAUUAUGUAUGCAAAGUAGCAUGUUUCCCUAGCUAUCUCAGUGCUUCUAAUUAUGUAUGCAAAGUAGCAUAUCGCCAUAUUUAAGUUAUGUGUCUCUAUGAGUUGAAUCUUGCCUAAACUAUCCAUCCUAGUCCAUCUACAUCCACUGAACUGAGAUGUAGAGGUCUAUGAACUCUCUACCAUACAUAUAUUACCCAAGUUUAAGACUUGUGCUUCGUCAAUACAAUGUUCAUGUAGAGAUAAGGAUACUGAUUCAUUUGCAUUGAAUAAAGCUUGACAUUCGCCUUUUGCAUAUCUGACAAAUUCCAAAGGGUCUCAAUCUAUGUCCUAAAUAGUUUAUCGUUUCGAACCUUCCAAAUAUCAAUACUAUUAAAAGGGAAUGAGUGUUAAUAAAUCUACUUAAAAGAUUGUUUGGACUCUUUCAUUAGAUUUAUUUUUUAUGCUCUUACCUUAUAUGUUUGUAACAAUACAUUAUUCAAGAUCAUAUAUUUACCCGAUUUUUUCUCCUUUCUAUAACAAUACGUUAGUAUUAAUUAAUAUUGAUACCAAAGGGAGAAAUAAUCAAAUUAUAGAAACUUGGCCUCAUUUGCAUUUAUAUGCAUGCAACCGUCUAUAUAUACUAUUUAUUGUUUAUUAUUUAUACUUCCUUAUUAAAACGAACUAUAUACUUGAUUAGUACAAUAUAUAUAACUUUUUCAUGAUGGACCAUCUAAUAAUACAAUCAUCCAAUUAAAAACAUGGUUCAAAAUCUUACUUUUCAAAUAUUAUUACUCUUUAUUUUAUGUAAUACACUUCUUUUAUAAAUUAAUUAUAUCUCUUAUCAUAGUGAUUGUUAAUCAAUAAUGUUUUACACUAUAUUUUAUGCUCAUGAUCUACAAUAUUUAGAUAUCAAACUAUUAAAAGGGAAUGAUUCUUUAAAAAUCUACUUAAACAACAAGGUUGUUGGAUCAUUUCAUUGAAUUUUCACAAAUGUAAAAUAUCUCGCGUUUUAAAUCGGGCAGUUUAGGUUGUUUGAAAAAAAAAUAAGAUAAAUAAUUAACUAAUAGUUAUUUGAAUAAAAAAUAUUUGAGUCAUUAAUUUUUUUUUGCAUAAUUUGGUUUAUAAAUAGUAUUUUUAGGAUAUUUGUUUUUUAGAAAUUAAAUAUAAUUAAUAUUUAUAGGUAUAUAAUUUGUAUUUUAAAAUUUUAAGUAUUGAUUUGGUUCUUAAUUCGGUUUCUAUUUUUCGGUUCCAAAGAUAUAGGAUAUGCUCGGGUUUUUAUGAAAUUCGGCUUAAUUUUAGUUUUUUUCAGUUGGGUAUGGUUAAGUGCACCAGGUAAUGUACCCAAACUCAUACAUUAUAUUAUAUAUAAAUUAUAUAUAAAUAAUUUAAUUAAUUUCAAAAAUAAACUCGCACUUUAUAAGCGCGGAUCAAAGUCUAGUACUAGAUUAUUCUGGGAUAAGAAUUCAUAUCCAAAUCUUGAUCUACGAUGAUAUUCUUCCUCUGGAAUAAAUAAUUCAUACUGGCAUAAAUGCUCGGUAGCGAAAAAAUGUUACGAGUAGACGAAGUUGUUGAUAAAGACAAUAUAUGUAAAAUUGGUGAAUAUUAGAAAUAACAUAUGUGACAGUUUCUUUUGGUUUUUUACAUCUUUUACAAUAAUUAUUACAUUGCAUAUUACGACGGUAACCGCCACAUUUUAUGUUAUCAGUUGCAAAAUAAGAUAACAUAACUUCUGCGGUGCCUUUAAUUCUCAAGUAAAGGUUUGUAGUUUUGUUAUACUGGAUUCCAAUUCUGUCUUUUUAGAGGAUUGAAAAAUAUUGUCAUAUAAUGUUAAAAAAAAAUUGUAUUUAUAUUAUUUUAAGUUGAAUGUUCACGUUAACCACAGGGUGGUGGGCUAGUGGUCUUGAGGUUGUUAACACAUCAAUACGGACCCGGGUUUGAAUACCCCCUGUGGCCACGGAAUGCUUUACGCCCUCCCCAAGUUUAAAGUUAUCGCGGCGUUGGUGCUGGGUCCUUGGGUAAUGGGUAUUAGUGCCGGCUGGUUCCGGGCCAGGGGGAUUAGAUGGUUGGCAAUCGGAAACCAUGUGCGGAUUACGGGCCUUUGGGCAAACGGAAACCAUGUGCGGAUUACGGGUCACCUUUGAACCUCCUGUUAAAAAAAAAAAAAAAAAAAAAAAAAAAAAAAAAAAAAGAAUGUUCACGUUCGUUUUAUAUCAAUAAUUUAGUAGGACAGGACAAAUUGUCAUCUACUUGCCUCCACUGAAUCCACACUAUCUUUGAGAGUUUUCGUCAUCACUAACGUCACAAAAUUGAGCUGUCCAAUGCACUCAGUGGGGUUAUCCCUUUUUCACAGUAUACUUUUUAUCACUUAGAUCUGUGUCGCUAUAAUCUCUAUAUAAGUCUAAACUAGUAUAGUGUCUUUCCAUUAACUACAACACCAAAAAUAUAAGAAAAUGGAUAACAAUAAUGAUUCACCAAAAUCACUAACCGGACAACACUUUCUGUUCGUGACAUUUCCAGCACAAGGCCACAUCAACCCAUCUCUCGAGCUCGCCAAGCGCCUCGCCGGAACAAUAGCCGGAGUUAGAGUCACCUUCGCUGCCCCUAUCUCCGCCUAUAACCGCCGUAUGUUCUCCAAAGAAAACGUCCCUGAAAACCUAAUCUUCGCCACUUACUCCGAUGGCCACGAUGACGGCUUCAAGUCCUCCACUUCCUCGGACAAAGCUCGCCAAGACACUGCGGGACGUUACAUGUCUGAGAUGAAAAGACGCGGCAGAGAAACCUUAACCGAACUAAUCGAAGAUAACCGGCUUCAAAACCGGCCUUUUACCUGCGUGGUUUACACCAUCCUCCUCACUUGGGUCGCUGAGCUGGUGCGUGAGUUUCACAUCCCAUCUGCUCUUCUCUGGGUCCAGCCCGUAACUGUCUUCUCCAUCUUCUAUCACUACUUCAACGGCUACGCAGAUGCAAUCUCAGAGAUGGCUAAUAACGACCCUUCUGGCUCUAUUAAGUUACCUGCUCUGCCACAGUUUUGUCUCCGUGAUCUUCCCACGUUCAUCGUCCCUGCAAACACGUACUCGUUUCUCCUACCGGCGUUUCGAGAACAGAUAGAGUCGCUGAAGCAAGAGGAAAACCCUAAGAUCCUUGUCAAUAGUUUCCAAGAGCUUGAAGAAGAAGCUUUUAGCUCGGUUCUUGAUAAUUUCAAGAUUCUGCCCAUCGGUCCACUGAUAACAUCUAGGACCGACUCCGAGAGAGGCGCUGAAUACAUACAGUGGCUGGAUACAAAGACGGAUUCAACCGUGUUGUAUAUUUCUUUUGGAACACUUGCCGUGUUGAGCAAGAAACAGAUUGUGGAGCUCUGCAAGGCGUUGAUACAUUGUCGGAGGCCGUUUUUGUGGGUGAUUACGGAUAAGUUAUACACAAGUAAAGAAGAUGGGGAAGAGAACGAAGAAGAGAGCACAAGGAGUUUCAGAGAAGAGCUGGAUGAGAUAGGAAUGGUGGUUUCUUGGUGCGAUCAGUUUAGGGUUUUGAAGCAUAGAUCGAUAGGUUGUUUUGUGACGCAUUGCGGGUGGAACUCGUCGCUGGAGAGCUUGGUCGCCGGAGUUCCGGUGGUUGCGUUUCCACAGUGGACUGAUCAGAUGACGAAUGCAAAGCUUCUAGAAGAGUGUUGGAGGUCAGGUGUGAGAGUGAUGGAAAAGAAAGAAGAUGCAGAGGUUGUGGUGGAGAGUGGGGAGAUACGGCGGUGCAUUGAGGAAGUGAUGGAGGAGAAGUCGGAGGAGUUUAGAGGAAACGCGGUGAGGUGGAGAGAUUUAGCGGCGGAGACGGUGAAGGAAGGAGGAUCUUCGUUUAAACAUCUCAAAGCUUUUGUCAGUGAGCACAUUUGCUGACACUUUUAAAGAGAAACAGUUGCAUCCAUCCAUGAUACUGAUACUUGAUGAGAAACAGAAAGGGAACAUAAGAAAACAAAUGGUUAAUGAGGCUGGGAGACUUUCCUAAAGAAAAUUUGGGAACAAAUUCAAGACUUGCAAGAAGCAAUAUAAAUCUUAUAAGAAGUUGAGUCGGAACAGAACAUGACUUGGUUUUGAUACAACUGGAUUCAUCAACAUGAGUGAGGAAUGAUGGAGCAAGCAAUGCAAGGUACAAGUUCUAUGAUCCCUUUAGAUUCACUGGUUCAGUUUUUUAUUCAGUAUGUUAUCACUUCUUAUAUCAAUACAGCAAUUAACGUUUUAUUGUGUUCAGUUCAUUGGUUCUGUAUUAGACUGUUUACACUGAUGUAUUUGAUUCUUUGGACACUAAGUUCAAGAAAGUACUGUUAUCUAGAUUGUGUUUGACUAAUGAACUAGCUGUGUAAGUCUUUUUACACUAAAGUUUUUUCCCACUUUGAAUUGUGUUCUCCUUGCUUCAGGAGUGGCAUGGUGCUAGAGAAAUAAAAUAUAAACAGGUACCAGACAUAGAUUUGAUGGAGAAUGUCGUUGGGACGGUCUAUAUUAGUGGAUGUGAAGUCGGACUGCUCAACAAGGUGAAGAGGUUUUAGAUACAAAGUACUCGUAUCAUGUGGAUGAUGCUUAUGUUGAAGUUGAUGCCAAAUCAAGGCAUGAUAUCCCUAUCCAAGGAACUGAUGUUGGAGCUGAACCAAGGCAUGAUAUAUCCCUACUCAAGAAAUUGAUAUUACAUCUGAAUCAAGGAAUGUUGGCCCCUCCUCUUCUAGGUCAAAUUCUAAUAAGAGAAGAUCAAGGGUUGCAUAAGCAAUACACGUUGUGGCAGAUGUGAUUAGGAAGAGUGGUUAAUCGCGUGACAAGAUUCUUUCCCACAAGAAUUGUCUAAAGAGAACCAUCAUGAGUUUAGUUGUAGUCAGCUUCGGGAGGUUCUAUACUCUUUGCCAACUAUAAGGGUGUAAUCUCUUUUACACAAAGCCUCUAUUAACCAUCUCAAGAAAGAUCCUGCAAAUCAUCAAAAAAAAAAAAAACUUGUCUUAUAUAGAGGAAGAGAAUAAGGUUCUCUAUUUGGAGUAUGCAACCGGUGAAAGCAGAGAUACAUGGAGACUUGUUUAUGUUUAGUCUAAUAUGAAUCAUGUUUAUGAGAUUAUAUUCAUGACUUUAUUUUAAUGAGUUUCACUCUACAAAACUUUCCUAUGAUUUUUUUUAUUUUGAAAUGCAACUCUAGUCGAUCAGCCGUUCUUAGGCAAGGAUCUUAUGUAACGGUACAUACACUUAUGUAGCUUUGAUCCUUAAGAUAUAAUGAAAAGUCAAGUAUGUGAUAAUAUGCU